AUGCCUCCAGUGAGCACUAGAAAGCAUGUUCAUGGAUCAGUUAAAAGGAAGGAAAAAAAGAAAAGAGAUGAGUUUAUCAAAUCUCAAGCUAACUCUAUGCUUAAGUUCGUCACAAAAUCAGGACCUUCUAAAACGGAUGUGCCUACGGAGGAUGAGAUAAACAAAAAAGAUGCAUGUGAUGAAGAAGAGAUGCUUACAAAUGAGAAUCAGGAAAACGCUGAUGCAGUUGAGUAUAUGGAAGAGACCAGAGAAAAGAAUAUGGAAGAGACCAGAGAAAAGAAUAUCAGAAACGUUAAUGCAAGCAUGGAAACAUGGAUUCUACUGAUCCUGGAACAUGGAAAAGAAUUGAGAAAGGGGAUAGAGAUUUCUUGGUUGAAAAGGGUCCUCCGAGACAAUGCGAAGAUUGAUGAUGAGAACAACAGAAAUUUUCUGGGUAUGAUUAAGGCGAUUGCAAAAUUUGAUCCAGUAAUGAUAGAACAUCUCCGGCAAUUUGAAAAAGGAAAAGGAUUAUUCGACGCUCUACGAAAGGUAUUGUUUGAUUUCAAGUUGAAUAUUAAUGAUGUGAGAGGAAAAGGUUAUGACAAUGGAGCAAACAUGAAAGGAAAAUACAAAGGUGUGCAAAGCAGAUUGCUUGAAGUUAUUCCAAGAGCAUGUUAUACUCCAUGUGGAUGUCAUAGCCUUAAUCUCGCGCUUUGUGAUAUGGCUUCUUCAUCUAAAAAAGCGGUGUCAUUCUUUGGGAUUGUUCAACAAAUCUACUGUCUGUUUUCAUCUUCAACUAGAAACUGGGAGAUAUUCAGAGAGAAGGUGAAUGGCCUAACACUCAAACCAUUAUCACAAACUCGAUGGGAGAGUCGGAUAGACAGUGUAAAGCCUAUAAGAUUUCAGACACUACAAAUACGAGAGGCUUUAUUUUACUUGGCUGAAAGUAGUAAUAAUCCAAUGCAUAAAAGUCAAGCUGAGUCUCUUGCUGAGAGUGAAUCACAUGGAAUUGGAGGGUUUGAAUUUUUAUUUGGAAUGAUCAUUUGGCAUGAACUUCUAUCUGCUUUUAACAUAGUAAGCAAGAUCCUACAGUCAGAGGAUAUGGAUAUUGAUGUUGCUAUUUCUCAACUAAAUGGACUUGUGUUAUUUCUGAAAGAAUAUCGAGAAACAGGUUUUGAGCGAGCAAAAUCUGAAGCUACACGAAUUGCAAAUGAGAUGGAGAUUGAGCCUGCAUUUUCUGUAAAGCCAAACCGUACUAGAAAAAGGAAAAGACAUUUUGAUGAAGAUAUCGACAAUGAAGAAGAAAGUAUGGUGUUACCUGGGGAAGAGGGAUUUAAAGUGGACUACUUCAUAAACAUCAUGGAUCAAGCUAUUGUUUCUAUUGAAACAAGAUUUGAACAAUUCCAAAGUUAUGAUAAAACUUUUGGAUUUUUGUUUGAUUUAAACAAGCUGAAAGCAACUAGUGAUGAUGAGUUGAUGGAAUCUUGUGUUAGACUUGGAGAUUUUCUUAGGCAUGGUGAACAUUCUGAUGUAAAUGGGGAAGAUUUAUGUUCAGAGCUUAAACUUUUAAGAAUGGUACUACCAGAAGAAGUUAAAAGAGCAGCUGAGUUAUUGAACUCUUUGAAAGGAAUGGAGGAUUUUUAUCCGAAUUCAUGGAUUGCUUAUCGAAUAUUGUUGACAAUCCUGGUAUCUGUUGCUUCUGCAGAAAGAAGUUUUUCUAAGCUGAAGUUGAUAAAGAAUUAUCUGCGAUCUACUAUGUCACAAGAAAGGUUGAAUGGGUUAUCAAUGAUAUCUAUUGAAAAAGAUACGGUUGAUAAACUUGAUUACGAAAAGAUUAUGGACGAAUUUGCAGGAAGAAAAGCUAGAAGAUCUGUUUUUCAAAAAUAA